AAUUUUCAACACCCUCAGGUGGGAACCUUUGUGGGUUGGUCUCUACCUAGCAUGGGUAGUACUUGCAGAACAAGCAGUGUGCUGGAAUUUGGCCCCACAGGAAGUAUUCCCCAGCAGAAGCAAAUUAUAAGGAUUCGAUCUUAGGGUGAUUCUCCUGGCUAAAGCUUCACAGCCCUCCUGCUUUCCUAGAUUAAGGCAGGACCAGUCUUCUAAAUGUUGGCUGACAUUCAGCUGGGGCAAUGCCUUCAAGUACAAAUGCUUAACUUCAGGCCCGUGAAUACCGCUGCAUGUGGCCCACCAUAGCACCAUCUCUGUAUAACCAUGUAUGGGCAAGAGAGACAGCUAUGCCAGUAUGGACAGAAUAGCUUAUGAUGCUUAUCCCCACCCACCACUUCCGAGACAUUGAGCGGAAACCAGAAUACCUCCAGCCGGAGAAGUGCGUCCCACCUCCCCAUCCCAGUCCUGUGGGAACCAUGUGGUUUAUCCGAGACGGCUGUGGCAUCGCCUGUGCCAUCGUCACCUGGUUUCUGGUCCUCUAUGCAGAGUUUGUGGUCCUCUUUGUCAUGCUGAUCCCAUCCCGAGACUACGUGUACAGCAUCAUCAAUGGAAUUGUGUUCAACCUACUGGCCUUCUUGGCUCUGGCCUCCCACUGCCGGGCCAUGCUGACGGACCCCGGGGCGGUGCCCAAAGGAAAUGCCACUAAGGAAUUCAUCGAGAGUUUACAGCUGAAGCCUGGGCAGGUGGUGUACAAGUGUCCCAAAUGCUGCAGCAUCAAGCCAGACCGAGCCCACCACUGCAGUGUGUGCAAGCGGUGCAUUCGGAAGAUGGACCACCACUGUCCCUGGGUCAACAACUGUGUCGGCGAGAACAACCAGAAGUACUUCGUCCUGUUUACAAUGUACAUAGCUCUCAUUUCCUUGCACGCCCUCAUCAUGGUGGGAUUCCACUUCCUGCAUUGCUUUGAAGAAGACUGGACAAAGUGCAGCUCCUUCUCGCCACCCACCACCGUGAUCCUGCUCAUCCUGCUGUGCUUCGAAGGGCUGCUCUUCCUCAUUUUCACAUCAGUAAUGUUUGGGACCCAGGUGCACUCCAUCUGCACAGACGAGACGGCCAUUGAGCGCCUGAAACGAAAGCAGCAGCCCAGGGAGCACACGGGCAGCUGGAAGACGAUCAAAGACACCUUUGGUGGGGACUUCUCGCUGAGCUGGUUCAGCCCCUUCUCCACACCAUGUCAGCCAGAGCCCAUCAGUGAAAGGGACUCCUGGGUGCGGCAGGCGACGUCGCUGUCGGACACCGAGCACACGGAGAGCACGGAGGAGCAGUCGGAGGACAGGAAGGACCAGGACUGUGUGGAGGUGACAGAUGAGUGAUGCUGCCGCGGGGAGAGGGCCAGACGCUGAAACCCCCCUGUCCUCCUGUACGCUGCGUGGUGGCCCGGGGCUCCCGGGCAGGCCGUGUCCCCUGCUCCCCUCAGGCCACUCACCGUCGUCGCCCAUCAACACCCUCCGUGACACUCGGCCCCAUAGAGGGCCUCCGUGCUGGGGUGGGGGUGGGGGUGGGAUGUCAGAGAAGGAUGAAAAUCUUCCCCUCGGUUCGUCUGAGAAGAAUCUGCCCAGAGAGGGCUCGUCAGCCUGCACAGGCUGGGCCAGCCAAGGAAGCUCUGAACAGGGCCACCAGGGGCAGAAAGGGACUUACUUUGACUUUUCUUGGGAUAUCUAUCUUUUCUUGGGAAGCCGAGGUCCUGGCUCCUGGCUUUUAAGAACGAGGCACGCGGUCAUGCUGGAAGGACAGGGCAGGCUGCUCUGGGGGGCCCGGGGUGGGACACUGACCUCAGGAGACACCAGCCUGGAGAGGCUGUGAGGGUCCCACUCGCGCCCUGGAAAGAGCCCCCCUUGCUGCCUGUCUACACUUUAGGGGAAAGGCCUGGAGAUCAGGCUAGGCUUGGGGGAGGACCCAACACUGGGCCGACACACGCAGAUGUGCAGACCCACCCAGGUCGUCAAGCCUGAAGUAUGACGUAGCACCCAAACCUAGCUCCCUUCCAUGACACUAGAGUCAACACUGAGUCAGACAGCCGUGCUGCAAAUCUGCCCACUCGCAAAUCUCGGUGCAGGUGGGCGUCAGUAGGGGGAGCACUUAUUUAGAGCUACUGGGACUCUGACCUCCCCUGAGAACGGCAUUUUGACCUUCCCUCCUGGAGAGAGUCGAACAACACACAUGCUCACGGCUGAGCAGAAUUCCUGACUGUUCUCCCAAGAGAGUGCCCAUGUAGUCUCUGAAAAGACGGGUGGUGGUCAGGGCCUACAAAUUGGUGAACCGGGAAGACAGACGAGCAGAACCACGGGCACACACACACACUGUCAGGAUGUGCCUGGAGCCUGGUCAUUUCAUCUGAAGCCCGAGGAGUCUACCACUAUCACUGAAGGCCCGAACAGGGGCCCUGGGGUUCCAAAACCCCUUUCCAAUGGUUGCUGAAGCAACCAAGUCCACAGGCAGAUUCAUGCAACGCUUUGGUAUAAGAACGGCUUCCCCACUCCCGCCCCAGGCCUAAGCCGUUGCUCUGCUCUUUGGCCUAUUGCCCCCAGGUCGGUGGGGGCUCAGGCCCUGGGGCAGAGCCUGCCUGUGCAAAGUCUUUGUUUCAGGGCCCCUCCAGACAAACGAGCAUGAGUCUUGGUCCACAGGAGCCUAACGCCCCAGUUCAAUGGGAGAAGUUCAGUGUUUGGAGGCAAAGCCCGGGCCACCUGGGAAGGCGGCUGUGGUGGCAGUGGGAAGGAAGGGGAGCCAGGCAAAGACCUCGUGCUCGGCUGGUGUCCUUGGGUGUUCUGUGAAGGGCAUGGCUCUCUCAGACCCCCUGUCUACAUGAUGGCCCACCGGAUUCUGGGCUUAAUUCUCAGAGGGGCCAGUGUUCACACAGCCACCUCUGCUGCUCCCUGCCCAGAGUUUUCUGAUUACGUCCCACGAGAGGCACAACAGACUCCAGCAUUGACAGAGCAACCAGAAAGGCCCCAGCCUUCCACUCACAAGCCAGGCCACAAGGCCAUUUUCUUGGUUCAUAUCCGCUUUAGUAUUCACUAAGGACAGUGUAAGGAGCCCUGGCUGCUUCUGAAGCCCAUUAGCUUGCUGUGUGCCCACCACUUUGGGAGAGAGCUAGUCUAUGUGUGGCAGCCUGCCAUUUGUUGUCCCAACCCAGCAGGCAGCCCCAGGGAGCCAGUGUAUUAUACUGUAUACCAGAGACUCUACCUGUGAAGGUAGAGACUCUACCAGACUCUACCAGAGACUACCAGACUCUACCAGAGACUCCCACCCGCGGGAGUCCCAAACAAGCAGCGGUUAGAAGAGGGAAGAGGCCUUACUGCUCACUGUUUGCUGACAAAGUCAGCCUGCUAAGUUCAGGCCUGAGGUCAGAGGUGUGUGCAAAACCACAUGCCCCUGAAGAAGGGGGCCAGAUUGGCCUGAAAGCAGAGGUACCCAACUGCUCCAGUCAGUGGUUUUCAGAUUGGCUGGUGGGGAGGCAUUUUACCUGCAGAGUGAGCCCCAGCCCCUGCCACCGCACUGCGCCCCACUCCAGGUGAGACCUCAGCCACGCCAAACCCGUUCUGGGAGGGGCUGGACUGGGCCCUGCCAGGAUUGUGUAGGUAAUAACUCAGCCCUGAGCCCGAUGUCCUCACACCAGAGACCUGUGGCCUUUUCUCCGAGGCAGAUGACUGCAUAACCUGCUUAGCCUCACACAGUACUACACUGACGGCAAAACGGGGCCUUCCGGGAGGUGGGAGGCUGCCGUGAACAUUUGCCUCUUUCUCUGAAUAAAGUUCUUUGCUCAACCUC